AUGUGGGACGGCCGGUGUCCUGAAAUUUCAUCCUUCCCGUCAGAUUGUCCUACCAGGCAUGCGCAUAUCAAUAAAACGAUUUUUUUUUGCGAAAUAAAAUCACCCUACCUGUUUAUUUUAUACUACUACGGGAAUCUGAUUGUGUAUUUCGUUGUUAAAUCAUUCUAAAUAUUGGUACAAUUUGAUGGCGUAUUGCGCUGUAAAUGAAUCCUACACGUUUCUUUUAUGCCGGUAGGAAAAACUGACAGGAUAUUUACGCUGUAAAAAUCAUCCUACCUGUUUAUUUUGUCGAUGUGGUUUAGAUUAUAUUAAAUUUUGCCCUGUGGUAGAAAAAUCUGACAUGGUAGGACCUACUGCCAGAGAGGCCGCAGCGAGACAAGCAAGGUUGUCUUUACAUGAAUACAUUUGUCUGUGGAGGCGAAAUACUGAAUGAGAGUUAUAUGGCGACAAUGAGCAUUUAGACAAUGCAAUACUUGCACAAUUUCCUCCGAAGGAUGAGCACAUUUUUACAGGCCGGGACGACAACGGAGUCCACGUGUACCCUGUCACAGAUGAAAACAGGGAUUGGUUUAACAGAACACAGUUUCAUCAUGGAGAGACCAUUGACUGCGACCGAGCGAGGUGUGAGAUCCCAUGUAGCAUGCAACAUGAUCAUAGCAAGGUUUCUAUUCCUGCUCAUCGUGCCUUCAUUGAGUAUCAGUGCUCCACAAGUCCAAACCAUCUCCAGUGAUGGCGUCCUCACACCAGAACUUGGUAAUCCCUUUGGACCUGGUGAAGACAACCGCAGGCUCCUGCAAAGCUACAUCAAGACCAGGUUAAAGGAGGGUCAGACCAGUCCAGAGCUCAACACAAGGGAACAAGAGUUCUUCCUAUUCUCGCUGUAUGACUAUGAUAGAAGUGGGCAGAUGGAUGGCCUUGAAUUGAUGCAGCUUCUGACUGAUUUUCUCUCUUAUCAUGCAAUGAUGCCAAAGUCAACAGACUCUGUUGUAUCAUUGGUGGAUCACCUCCUGCAAACUCAGGAUCUGAACCAGGACGGGUUAUUGGCUCCCUCUGAGCUGUUAUCAUACACGCUCGACCAUGAGCAAGACGAAAACAACAUUUUGCACCGUGAAAGCCAAGCUGAGAUAGUAGAAGCGACAAACAGAGAUCAAACAGACACAAAAACGGAGGAAGGAGAUCCUAAAAUUCACCUGCAAGAGGCAGAGGUCCAAAAGACCGAACAAGACCAGCUUGUAGAACACGAGAAUGAGACACAACCAGCUCAACAACACAGACAGGUUGAGGAGCCUAGAGAUCUAAACCAGAUUCCAGAAACUGCUGAACAUCCAGAUGGACAACAGCUUUAAUAAGAAAAGUUGCAUGAUGAUCAAGGAACAGAACAUGCAAGUCCAUGAAAUGCACCAAAUUUACCAUUCAGUUACAAAGCGGCCAUACUUUGGGAACCAUAAAGUUUGUUCUGCUUUUUUUAGGUUUCACCAAAUGGAUAUAUUAUACAACUGGAGCCUAAAUUAUAUCAAUAUACAGAGUUGUUUUUGAAAGCAUGUGUUAAGUAACUUUCUCAUACAGUCAACUCCAAACAGCACAAUAAGUUACAAAAGUGUUCCUUGGAACUCCCAACCAUUUGAAUUCAUUGUUCAAACUAUGCAAAAUCUGAAAGUUAUGCUAGUCAACGCCAAGAGCCAGUUACCAUUAACGUUUAGUACCCAACUUGAUGCUCAAGAGUUUCAUGCCUUUAUAUGUAUUAAAACCAAACCAAAAUAACCCAUUGUUCUGAGAUUUCAUCCUAACAGUCACUGUCAAAUCAUCCUACUAGGCAUAUGAAAAUCAAUGUUACAUUUUGCGCUAUAAAAUUGCCUAACCUUUUAUUUUAUGCUGCUACGGGAAUCGGAGUGUAUUUUUGUUUUUAAAUCAUUUAACAUUUUUAAUACUGGUAGUACAAUUUGAUCGGGUAUUGCACUGUAAAUUUAUUAUAUGGGUGUAUUUUUAUCUGGUAGGACUAGCUGAAAGAGUAUUUUGCGUUGUAAAAAUCAUCCUACGGGUUUAUUUGUUGAUGUGGUUUAGAUAGUUCACCCAA